AUGAUUAAAUAUUGCUCAACGGCAAAAAAUGAGUUUUUCUGUUCAGAGCUCUACUACAAUCCACACAAUUGCUAUUUGCAACCCAAUCCUGUUCCUCAACUAGCAGGAAUAGCCCAAUAUCUUGACAAUCCUUCAAAAACCAUGAAUGAAUUAAGCACAUCUUUUUUGCAAACUCACAUCAUAAACUGCUGCGUGCAAGACCUUUCAAGGAGACUCAACCAAUGGAUCCUAAAUGAUCUUCCAAUAUUAUAUCAAGUUCUCAAACCUUCUUCAACACUUCAAUCAAAUAUCAAUGAAGAUACUGACAAAACAUACAAAAUAUUCAUUGCUAAUGUUGUCAAAUAUAUUGAAAAUUAUGUCGCAAAUGCAAUCGAAAAAGUCGGUGAUUCGAUCCCUUAG